AUGAUACGCUCUAACCGGCCGUGCAUCAUAAAAGACAUGAAGGUUGCUCAUUGUAAAAAGAAAAAAAGUAAAAUAAAAAAAUUGCAAGUCCACAACCGCCGAAGAAAGCACGAUAUAGUUGCAUGCGUAUUCAAAUUUGUCAGAGUAACGAAUAGAAAAAGGUCUCUCUUGAUCUACAAUCUAACCUUCACGUCGACACACGGGAGAGUCCACUCCCUGCGUCCCAGUAAACUCCUGAACCACUCGAGGCCAAUACCAGUCCAUUCUGGUUCGUUGGCACUCAAAGAUGCGUUCGGCAUGACACGGCGUUUUGCUUCUUCAAACGCAGCCCCCAUCAGGGCAGUGGCUGUUGUAUUCACGGUAUCAAGCACAUACCCGGUCAACUCGCUGGAAGUCGAGUUAAGAGCCGGAGUCGUCGCAGUUGCGUUCAUCGUCGGGGCUGUUACUGGCAAAUGA